UCUAUAUCUAUAUAUACGUAUAGUCAAAAAGAUAAUUAAACCCCACAUCAAGUUCUUAAAAUGGCCGGCCAUGCUUUGCUCUACUCCAUACAUCCUUGAGAUCAACCAAAGGGUCUAAAUUUUCCUUUUCCUUCUUAACCCCACUACAAAAAAGUAGAGAAAAAUAAUCUACAAAAUUAAAAAAUGGGAAGAUCACCUUGUUGUGAAAAAGCACAUACAAAUAAAGGAGCAUGGACUAAAGAAGAAGAUGAUAGAUUAAUUUCUUAUAUAAGAGCUCAUGGUGAAGGAUGCUGGCGCUCUUUGCCUAAGGCUGCCGGGCUACUCCGGUGCGGCAAGAGCUGCCGUCUCCGGUGGAUUAAUUACCUCCGGCCUGACCUUAAACGUGGGAACUUCACUGAAGAAGAAGAUGAACUUAUUAUUAAAUUACAUAGCCUUCUUGGUAACAAGUGGUCCUUAAUUGCUGGAAGAUUACCGGGAAGGACUGAUAACGAAAUAAAGAAUUAUUGGAAUACACAUAUUAGAAGAAAGCUUUUAAACCGAGGGAUAGAUCCAGCAACUCACCGAUCUGUCAACGAUACUUCAUCACUAGAUAUGAUUACAACCAACACAAACACCAACACGACCAACACGACCAACACAAUCUCUUUUGCAAACGCCACUCCAGCUACCAACCAUCAGCUAGUCAAAAAAGAAGAAAUUUUCGAAGAAACAAAACAUAUCAAAAAUACGUCUCUAGAUAAUGUUCAUGAAAAAUGUCCGGAUUUAAAUUUGGAGCUAAGAAUAAGCCCUCCUCAUUAUUAUAAACACCAAAACAAUAGCUCAUCAUCUACUUCUACAUCAUCAUCGUCACCACAAAUUCAACAAUAUCAGGCAUUAAAGACAGGUGGAAGAAGUAGUUCAAGUGGUAAUUCUACUACCAUAUGCUUUGCAUGCAGUUUAGGUAUAGAGAAUAGCAAGGAGUGUAGUUGUGCUACCAAUCUUAAUGGAACAAAUAGUAACACUACAACUGGUUAUAAUUUCUUAGGUUUGAAAGCUGGUGUUUUGGACUAUAGACGAUUAGAGAUGAAAUGAAUUUUCAUUUGGGUUAUGUUUUCUUUAUUAAAUUAUUAAUCAAUAUGUAUGAAUGAAUUUACUAAAAACAUAUUGGGGAAGAGAGAUUUCUGUA